AUCAGCUAUUUCCAUAUCAACAAUCUGAACAUUUAGUUAUAGCUACAAAUUUUCAUUAUUAUGAUGACCAAAAUUGGUCAUCUAAACUCGAUUUUUUAAUUCUAUUAACGAUACAAUAUUUAACUACAAGUGUAACUCAUAGUAUAGUUACAAGAAUAAAACACUUGAGACAAAACUCAUGCACUUCUAAACAAAAUCAGGGUAUAAACUCCAUCCAAAGAGCUGUCGUUCCUUAA